ACGCACAAACAUGGUUGCCAGGCACCGGAAGUAGCCAAUUACUUUGCUGGAUUCCGUUCUUCCGCGGGGCGGAAAAGGCAUGUCGGCUUGUGUCCGGACCGUUUCCAGUCCUCCUCCUUUGCAGGACCCCAUGAGCAAGCUGUGGCGGCGCGGGAGCACCUCUGGAGCUAUGGAGGCCCCCGAGCCAGGGGAAGCGCUGGAGUUGAGCCUGGCGGGUGCCCACAGCCACGGAGUACACAAGAAAAAACACAAGAAACACAAAAAGAAACACAAGAAGAAGCAUCACCAGGAAGAGGAGGCCGGGCCCACACAGCAGGCUCCUGCCAAGCCCCAGCUGAAACUUAAAAUCAAGCUGGGAGGACAGGUUCUGGGCACCAAGAGCGUUCCUACCUUCACUGUGAUCCCCGAGGGGCCACGCUCGCCUUCUCCCCUGAUGGUGGUGGAGAAUGAAGAGGAACGGAUGGAAGGAGUGCCUCUCGAGCAGUACCGAGCCUGGCUGGAUGAAGACAGUAAUCUGUCCCCCUCCCCGCUUCGGGACCUGCCCGGGGAUCUGGAAGGCCAGGAGGAAGAGGAGGAACAGAGGUGGCUCGAUGCCCUGGAGAAGGGGGAGCUGGAUGACAAUGGAGACCUCAAGAAGGAGAUCAACGAACGGCUGCUCACUGCCCGACAGCGAGCCCUGCUCCAGAAGGCUCGGAGUCAGCCAUCCCCGACGCUGCCUCUGCCCGUGACUGGGGGCUGCCCGGCCCCUGCCCUCACGGAGGAGAUGCUGCUGAAGCGGGAGGAACGGGCACGCAAGCGGCGUCUGCAGGCAGCGAGGCGGGCCGAGGAGCACAAGAAUCAGACAAUCGAGCGUCUCACAAAGACAGCAGCUCCUAGUGGGCGAGGAGGGCGUGGGGCGGCGCGGGGCGAGCGGCGUGGAGGGCGGGCGGCUGCCCCGGCCCCUGCGCCCAUGGUGCGCUACAGCAGUGGGGCACAGGGCUCCACCCUGUCCUUUCCUCCCGGCGUCCCCACGCCCGCUGCUCUGGUGCAGCGGCCUGCCCCGCCGGGCCCUGCUCCACGCUGCUCCGUCCCCGGCUGCCCUCACCCACGUCGUUACGCCUGUUCCCGCACGGGCCAGGCCCUAUGCAGCCUACAGUGCUACCGCAUCAACCUGCAGCUACGGCUGGGUGGACCCGAGGGCCCUGGGUCCCCGCUCCUGGCCACUUAAGGCCGC